CCAAAACUAUUAACGAAAUCACCAUGUCUAUCAAAGUUCAACAACUGAGUUCAAAGCUAGUCGGACCAAUUUACAAUGGUGAUGAACAACCACCACGAGAUACUAACCAAUUUGCUCCUCUCAGUGUCUUUGAUUGGUAUAUACCCGGUGAACACGUACCCGUGAUAUAUGCAUUUAAAACACCAAAUCAUUCAAACGCAUUUUUAGAACAAGGUCUUGGGAAAGUGCUGUCAGAGUACCGAGUAUGGGCUGGUAGACUUGGUAAAGAUGAGAACAAUCAUAGUAUAAUUCUUCUCAAUGACAAAGGUGUUAGGUUCAUUGAAGCAUCAGCUGAUCGCGCCCUUGAGCAGGUUAUGCCUUUUAACCAAUCCACCUUAUUAACCCUUCAUCCAGACUUCGAAGGAAUGAAAGAAAUUUUAAUCAUUCAGCUCACAAGAUUUUCUUGUGGGUCUUUAGUCAUAAGUUUCUCGUCGAACCAUAUGGUAGCUGAUGGCUUCUCUGUGAGUCAGUUCUUAGUUUCUUGGGGUCGGGUUUGUCGCGGACUUGACAUCAAUCCACGUCCUUUGCACAACCGCGAAAUUUUUGUUCCUCGGAAUCCAUGCAGGGUCGAGUUUGAUCAUCAAAGCUUAGAGUUCACGAAAGGAGUGAUCAGUGACGUGUUUAUUGAUCCUUCAAAUGUUCCUCCUUAUUCAGAAGACGAUGUGAUAUAUCAUAAACUUCAUUUUCCUACAGAACUUAUAGCCAAGCUCAAGAGCAAGGCAGGUUCUUCAGCUUCAGGAAAGCCUUAUACCACAUUCGAGAGCUUGGUCGCUCAUAUAUGGAGAACCAUUACUAAGGUACGAGGACUCACCUGCCAAACUACGGAAAUCAAGAUUGCUGUGAACGGGCGUAAAAGGUUGAUACCGCGAAUUCCAGAUGAGUACUUCGGUAAUUUAGUACUCUGUGCAUACCCUGCAGCUCAGGUUAAAGAGCUGUUGAAUGGAUCUUUACGCCACACCGCGUCGAUAAUACAUGAAUCAGUGGUGAGAUUGAAUGAUGAUUACUUCAAAUCAUAUAUAGACUUUGUGAGCAAUGACAUGCAGGGCGAGAAUCCCACACCAGAAAGAGGUGAAAGGACGUUGGUAGCAUUGUGGCCCAAUUUAGAAUUUGAUAGCUGGCUUGGAUUUCCGUUUAAUGAAGUUGAUUUUGGUUUCGGAAAACCUUGCCUUUUCAUGCCGUCGUUCGACUCUUUAGAAGGUCUGGUAUAUUUGGUUCCGGCCAUUGAUGGAGGCGUCGAUGUCUAUGUAUGUUUGUUCAAACAACAAAUGGCACUCUUCGACGAAGUCUGUUACUCUAUAGACUGAUUAGUUGUAUGUCUGAAUUUAGUGCAUCUAUCGCUAUUUAUGGCCAUUAUUACAUGUAAGGUUCUACGACGAUCCAAGGAACAGAAAUGUCUAGCCCAGUAAAAACUUAGUAUGAUCAUGUUUUUCUUUUUUACAA